AUGUCGCACUCCUGUUCGAGCAAAAAGAAACUUCAUAUGAAGCUCCAAGAGCUGGGGUCAUUCUCCAAUCCAAAGCAAUGUUUGGAACAGUAUCCAACCUCUGCCCACGUAGCCAGUAAUAUUUUAAUUGUCUUAAUGCCAUGCAUAGGUGACAUUUUGUUCGAUAUCCAAACCCGCUACGAUGCACUCGAAGGUAAGGUCGUAGGGGAUCUUGGAUGCGGCCCUGGCAUUUUGGCCAUGGGAGCCCAUUUGCUAGGGGCUAGCUUCGUGAUCGGUUUUGACAUUGACGAAGACGCCAUUACCGAUUUCCAAGGAAAUUUGGAGGAUAAUUUCCUCCCUGAAUCGGGUAACACCAUGAGUCUAGUCCUUUGCGAUGUAACUAUGUUGUCUCCACCAAAGAUCAAACCAUUUGACACCAUUAUCACUAAUCCACCAUUUGGGACAUCAGACCAGUCGAAAGGCAUUGAUGUUAAGUUCCUCAAAGUUGCUCUAAGUAUGACUAGAGAGCACGUCUACUCUCUACACAAGACAACGACUAGGGAGCACAUUGUGAAAACCGUCAAAGACUUCGGUGCUAACUGUGAUGUCAUCGCAGAACUGCGUUUUGAUAUCCCGAAGUUGUAUAAGAAACAUAGGCAGGCAUCUAAGGACAUUGCUGUCGAUCUUGUUCACUCCUGGUUUGAGGAAGGUACAGCAUGA